AUAUUCAUGUUUAUAAAAAUAUAUAGAGAAUCGAAUUUUAAACAAUUCAGAUAGUAAAUUAGAUUGGGAUUCGUAAUCUACUAUUCUUGUAAUUUAUGAUCAAUAUCCAGACAUUUACACAACAGAGUAAAUUCAGUUUUUAUAUCAAGAGAACACGUAUAAAAUAUUAAAUCUUUUUUUAAAUAAUGAAAUUUAAUGAUUUUAUUUAAUUAUAUAUAAAUGCUUGACUUGUUGAAUCUAGUUCAUCCAUAUCCUUCAAAAAAGUUAAAUAGUAUUUGAAAUGAUUACUUUACAAGACAUUAGUAAACAACUUUUGAAACCAGCAAAAGAUCUUGCUGACUGGAAAUUUCCAUUAUCUCAGAUUUUAGAAGAAUAUUAUGCUUUAUUAGAAGAACCGUGUAAUAUCAAUUUCGGGGAAGCAGCGCUUAUUCUACAAAAUUCAACUAACAUAUACGUUAGAAGAAUUGAACAUCUAGUCAACGAAGCAGAAAUAUUGAGACAAACAUUUUUCGGCUAUGAGGAAAAAGGAAUAAAGAAGUCUAUGAAUAAAGAAAAAAGAUUUUUUAAGAAGAGCCAUGUUAAUUUGGGAAAUUUUGUAAUGAUUGACUUAGAAAAAGAUAUCGGGAAACAUAUUGAUAAAAAAAAUCAAUUUCAAACACAGAAGAAAGUUAAAUUGUUAAGUCGUCGGUUUACACAAUUAGAAAAUGAUGCCCUGCAAUUAUGCAUUCCUAUUCAAGUAUAUGAUAUUCUAGGAGAAAUCAUUGGAAAGAAAUAUGAUUUUCGGUGCAAUCAAGCCAUAAAUACAAGUGGAAUGUUGGUGAAUGAAUUAACACCAUAUGAUUUUGCUCAUAUAUAUAGAUCUUAUAUUGAAGAGGGAAGAAAUUCAUUGUCGUUAUAUUCAGAACCAAAAACUCCAGGUACAGGAACCUCAGGAUAUCAUUCAAUUACUUCACCAAAUGAUAAUGAGUCUAUUACACUUGUUUAUGAUGAAUUUGAAGAUGAACAAAAUUCUUCAUUAAGGGAAAACGAUUCAUCAGUAAAUGAAUUACAAAGUAUGGAGGAACAAAACACAAUAAACAAUAAUCAUGAAAGUUUAUUUGUUAAUAAUAGCAUUUUAAAACAAGCUAAAAAGGAUGAAUCAGAGAAAGAACAUAUCCAACAAAGUGCGGUGCAAAAUGUUAGUAUUCAAAAUUGUUCAAUUCAGCAUUUCAAAAACAUGAAUCAAACUGAAGAAGAAUGCCAAAUUAGAGAUUCAGUGCAAGUGAAUCAAAUAAAAAGGAAUGAUCAGAAUAACGAUGAAAAUAUAGUACAACUCAGUGCAGGUGAUCAAAUAAAAUAUGAUAAGCAAAUAAAUCAUUUCUCCAAAGAGAGUCAAAUUUUUCAACUGAAUGAAUCAGAUAAUGUACGAUGGAAAAAUGGAUUACCUAGCAUGCGGAAAAGAGGGAAUCAAACAACAAAAGUAUCAAUAUGUUCUGUAGAUGAUAUAAAUGAAUAUGACUGGGAACCAAUGCCUCUUAUUCAAGGAAUAAAGCAUGUUUUUUCUAGCAAUUCAUCUAUCCUGAAACUUCCAGACUACAUUUCACUUUUGGAAACAAAAUUUGGUUCUAAAAAACGUAAAUUUACAUCAAAACUGUAUAAACCAGAAUGUUUAGCAAAACUCAUUUUACGUGAAACUGAAUUAUUUGCAAAGAAAGACACUACUUUAUGUACAAAACAGAAGUUUAAACAUUUGCAGAAAGAGGAAAUAGAAGACUUCAUGAAGAAUUUUGACGAAUGUUUAAAUGGUAUAGAAAAAGAAAAUGAUGAUUCUCAAUAUGAAGCUGUGACAAACGUUGCUAUAGAUUUUCAUGUAUCCCAAAAUCAAAAUGAUUCAACUGAGAAUAGUAUUGAGGAUAUAACAAGUAGAAGUUAUCGAAAUGAUUCAAUUGAAAACAGUAUUGAGGAUAUAACGAGUAGAAGUUCUUCACCUACUGACAUUCCAUUACGAUCAACAAUUUGUCAAAAUACAGUGGAUAUGCUUGCAGAAUCUCCUAACUCGUCUAACAAUUGGCGUGAAUCUUUAACUUCAGAAAUUAAUUUGUCUUAUUCUCUGCCGAAUUAUCAAAUAUUAAUUGAGGACAAAAUGAAAAAGAUUUUUGAACAGUCGAAUGUUAUUACAGAGUUAGAUCAGACUGUAGCAAAGUGGCAUGCCUCGUUGCAAUCAAAAUUAGCGGAGGCUGAAAUGAGACCUGCAUUUCGAAUUCGUGAUUAUUCAUCUCGUAUAAUAAAAGUGUUGCAAACGUCAGAACAGAAAAAAAUUAAUUUCGAUAGUGUCGUUCAAGACAAGCCCGCUCGUGAAGUAGCUAGAUACUUCUUAGCUUCGUUACAAUUGGCAAAUACGUACAAUGUGGAAAUAAAGGCGGGGAGUAGUGAUAACGAUAUAGAAAUAACGUUGCUUAAUGACAGAAAAAAUUAUGUAAAGAAUUAAAGCAGUAACAUUGAUACUACAGUAAAGACUCUCCAAGAGCUCAGGAGUUGGUUUUGCUAAGCGAUUGGUAAACCAUAGACAUUAUUCUCUAAGUUAGUACGUACUAUGUCGGCAGUUGUUUGUCUGGCGGACGCAAAGAGAAACAGCGGGUGAAGAAGAAAGAUCCACGGGCCAAAUUAACGUAAUUAAGCUUUUCAGUAUUUUUAGUUUCGUUUUAAUAAAAAAACUAAUAUAGUGAAAUGAAAUCCUUAUUGAGAAAAAGCUGAAAAUAAACAGAUUUCGUCAUUGUAUUGA